CCUCAGGAGAAGGCGUCCAUGGAGCGCGAGAGGGUGCGGCUGCAGGAGCAGGUGCGCAAGGCGGACAGGGACUCGCACGCGUUGCGAGGGAGAGUGGGCGAGUUGGAGGAGCAGUUGCAGGCGCAGGAGAGGGAGCUACAGGAAGCAACUUACCGCAUGGAAAAGGCUGUGCGCGAGGAGGAGCGGAAAAGCGUGGAGAUUCAACGACGGUUGGGGGAGGAGUACCAAGCGGCCAUGGACGGACAGAACCGGCUGCAGGCAAUGCUGGAGGACCAAGGCAAGCGGGUAGAUGAGCUGACAGCGCUGCUGAGCCAGAAGGGGCUGGAGUGCAAGGAGUUUUCACAGAAGCUGAUCUCGGCUAAGGAAGAGAAUAGCAAGCUGAGGCGGCGGCUCAAGGCUGCCAUGGCCCAGGGCUGCGACCCAGGCUCGGCAGGCUCGGACCUGAAGGAGGCUCUGGCUCGGGUGGAGAGGCAACUGCUGGAGAAGAAGCAGGAGGUGGAGGUGGCGGAGGCAGUAAAUGAGGAACUGAAGGAACAGGUGAAACACCUGACGGGGCGGCUGAGCCAGGAGGAUCUUCAGGUGUUUCGGCAGUCGUUCAGGAGAGUGGCUGACGAGGCGAGGGGGCGCUUGGCAGCAGCGGAGCAGUGUAUAUCGGAGCAGGAGCAGAAGAGCAAGGCGCUGAGCCACGCAGCAGAAGCGCAUAUGGAGCAGGGGGAGCAGCUGCGGCAGGUAGAAGAGGAGUGUGGAAGGUGGAGGGAGAUGGCAAGAGAGAGUGAGAUGAGGGCCGAUGGGGCGGAAGAGGCGCGUAGGCUUGCAGUGGAGCAGCUUGAAACGAGGAUGAGAGUGUGGGAGAGGGAGAAGGAGGAGCUGGUGCGGAAAUUGGGAGAGUUGGAGGGAGAGGAGGGUAAUGAGGGAGGGGAGAGAGGGGAGGGGGGAGAGGGGAAUACUGGGAUGGGAGUUAGGGAAAGGCUGAAGAGGGCAGAGGAGGAGAGGGAGGAGAUGAGGAGGCGACUAGAAGAGGCUCUAGAGGCGUGCUCUGAGAGCGAAGCCCUGGUGGAUGCUAUUGAGAAGUCAAGGGAGGGGCUUAAGCUAGAGGUGCAGGGGUUGAUCGAGAGGAAUAGGGAGAUAGAGGGGGAGUUGGAGAGGGAGAGGGAAGGAGUGAGGGACAGAGUGAGGGAGGCGGAGGAGGCGGUGGGGGAGGCGCAGAGAGAGUGUGAGGAGGUGCGGAGGGCGAUGGAGGAGGGGAGGAGGGCCGAGAGGGAGAGGGAGGAGGAGGUGGAAAGGCGAAUGCAAGAACUGAGGGAGGAAGUAGAGAAGGCUGUGGAGGGGCGAGAAGCGGUGGAAGAGGAGGCGGAGUUGAUAAAGCAGGAGUUGAAUGUGGUGCAGAGGGAGCUGGUAGAUGUGAAGGAGGAGCUGCUAGUAGCGAGACAGGAGGUGGAGGCGAAAGAGAGGGAGAUAGAGGCGAAGGGAAGGGAAAUAGAGGAGAAGGAGAGAGGGAUAGAUGCGUUUCAACAGCAGGUGGAGCAGGGGAGGGAGGCUGUGAGGCGGGCAGAGGCAGAAAAGGAGGAGAUUGCUGAGAAGAUUUCUCAGGAGAUUUCUCAGGAGAGGGAUGCUCAGGUCGAGAGGUUGGAGGAGCAGAUCAGAGGGCUUGAGAUAAAGGUGGAGAAGGAGAGGGAGCGAGUGGUGUGUGUGGAAUUGGCACUGAGGAGGAAAGAGGAGGAGGUGCAGGAGGGCAGAGAGGAGAGGGAGGGGUUGGAGAGAGAGAUUGAGAAAAUGCUGGAGAAAGUGGAAGAGGCGGAGAAGGGGAGAGGGGAGGUGGAGGGUAGAGUGGCUGAGAUGGAAGAGGAGAAGAGGAGGGGGGAGGAGGAGAGGGAGAGAGAGGUCCAAGCGUUGUCGGGAGAGGUGGAGAGGCUUCAGGAAGAGCUGGAGGGAGUGAGAGGACAGGUGGUAGGGGAAGGUGAGGUGAGGAGGCGACUGGAGACUGUAGAAGGGGAGUACGCGCGUUUGAGGAUGGAACUUUCCACGAAAGUGAGGGAGUUAGCUACUGAGAAGGAGGUGAGGGAGGAGAAGGAGCGGAAGUUACGGGAAGUGAGUGAGGCUGCAGUGGUUGCGACUGAGGAGUGGAAGAAGGAGUUGGGAGAGGUGGAGAGGAUGAUGGGGGUGAUGAGGGAGGAGCGGGAGGCGGUUCAGAGGGAGUGUGAGCAGUUGAGGGAGGAAGCAGAGGCACGGGAGGUGCAGGUGAGGCUGCUAGAGGGGGCGAGAGAUGAUGUGGUGGCUGCGAUGGCGGGGAUUAGGGAUGAAAAGAAAAGGGCGGAAAAAGAGAUGGAGGAGAGAAUUGAGGGUUUGAGGGGAGAGGUUAGGGAGGCGGAGGGCAAAUUGGAGGCAGAGAGGGAAGGGAGGGAGAGGGAGAGGAAGGAGAGGGAGGAGGAGAGAGUGAGGGUGGAGGAGGAAAGGGAGAGGAUGGAGGAGGCGAAGGGGAGGAGGGAGGAGGAGAGGAGGCUGUGGGAGGAGGAGGUGUGCGCGGCGAGAGAGGCAGCAGAGGAGGCGGAGGGGAAGGCAAGCGCGGCGAGGGACUUAGUGGAUGAGCUACAGAGAGAGGUAGAGGCGCUUCAAGGCGAGGUGGAGACGCUUCAGGGGGAAAUAGAGGGGCUGAGGCAGCAGGGGGAGGGGCAGGGGCAGGGGCAGCAGCAGCCGCAGCAGCAGCAGCAGGGGCAGGAGAAUGGGCAAGAUGCAAGGGAAAUGAUUGAGCUGGUGGAGGAGCUCAAGGAGCAGCUGCGGGAGGCGGAGGAGGCGCUCAGCAUGAACGAGACGAACCUGUCGGCGUCUGACUGGGCCGUGCAGCAGCUCGCAGGGGAGCUGUCGACCGUGAAGCGGAAACUGGUUGAGAAGGAAAAGGAGCUGGUUGAACUGCAGGACCGGCUGUCUGUUGUGGAGCACGCGCUGGAGGAGAAGGAGAGGGACCUGGAACGGCUGGCAGCAGCGCUGCAGGAGGCCAACAAGAAGCGGUGGGCGCGGGCGCAGCAGAUCAAACAGAUGGAGAUGGAAAUGGCGGCGCUGAGGGCGCAGGUGCGGGGAGGAGGAGGAGAAGGAGGAGGAGGAGGGGUGGGUGGUCUUGGAAGGGAGGUUGAGCACGUACAGGAGGCAACGGGAGACGGGUCGGGAGAUUUGGCAGGAAUGAUGCCGGAUCAAGGGCAGGGGCAGGGGCAGGGGCAGGGGCAGGGGCAGGGGCAGGGGCAGCAAGAGGAGGGGCUCGAAGGGAGGAAUGCUGCUCAAGUGGUAGAAAUGAGAGGAAAGGAGGUGGAGGAGAGGUUAGGAGAAGCGGAGAGGGAGCUCUUGGAGGCAAGGGAGGCGGUGCAGCGGUUGUUGUUUGAGGUGGAAGAGGGGAGGAGGGAGGUGGAGGAGGGGAGGAAGAGAGAGGAGGGGUUGAGGGGGGAGGUGGAGGAGGGUAGGGAGAGAGUGAGGGAGGCUGAGGGACUCCAGAGAGAGGCUGAGAGGCGAGUGGGUGAGCUGGAAAACGAGCUGGACAGCUUUAAGGGGAAAAUGGAGGGCAACGGGGAGCAAGAGGAGGAGAGAGCGAGGGCGGCGGAGGAGAGGGUUAGGGAGGCUGAGAGGCGAGUGGAUGACUUGGAGAGGGAGUUGAGUGAAGUGAAGAGAGAGAUGGGGAGGAAGGGGGACGAGGAGGAGGAGAGAGUGAGGGAGGGUGAGGGGCGAGUGAGGGAGCUGGAGGGGGAGUUGAGUGAAGUGAAGAAGGAAUUGGGAAGGAAGGAGGAGGAGCUUCAGGAAAUGGUCAGGAGGGAAAGGGAGAGGAGGGAGGCCGUGGAAGCAGCAGCUAUGGACCCUGGCACCGCCCCUGGUAGUCCUGCUCCUGGUGUUGCUGCUGCUGCUGCUGCUCUAUGUGCUGCUUGCAGUGGUGCUGCCAGUGCUGCUUGUGCUGCUGCUGGUGCUGGUGCUGGUGCGUGGAGCAUUGGGGAGGAGGGGCGCAUAUGGGAGAUCCGAGCCAAGCAGCUGGAGAAGGCAGUGGAGCGGUGGAAGGAGUUUGAAGCCGCAGCGAGGCGGGAGGCCAAGUCCCGCAGGGAAGAGCUGGAGCUGAAUAGCAGACUGCUGACCGAUGCUGUGAGCCUCAAUGACGAAAACGAGGUAACCCUAAAGCGGUUACGCGACGAAGUGAGGACGUUACGGGAGAAGCUGGAGGGUGUUGAGGCGGCGAGGGAAAAGGAGAGGAGAGGAGGAGGAGGAGGAAGAGGAGAGGGGUAUGGGAUGGGAGGAGGAGGGGUGGGAGCAGCAGGGCAGGGAGGGUGGGAGGGCGAGGUAGGUAGGCUUCGAGAGGAGGUUAAGGGGCUGAGGGCCAAGCUGAGAGUGGCGGAGAUGGAGUGGGAGAGUGAGAGGGCGCAGAAGGUGCGGGCUGAGGAGGCGUUAGCCAAGUACAGGAGGAAGCUGAGUGAGCGAGAGGAGGAGCUACAUGACGCUAUGGAUAGGCUGGCAGCAGCUGCUGCCGCUGCUGCUGCUGCUGAUGGUGGUGAUAAUGGUGGUGCUGGUGGUGCUAGGGGGUUUGGAGCAGGAAGGGAGGUUGGGGGAUACAGUGAAGAGGCAGCAGAGAUGGCUUUGCUUCAAGACAAGGUUCUGGCUCUUGAAAGGGAGAAAACCGAGCUACGUUCCAAGCUGGAGAAGCAGCAGCAGCAGCAGCAUGCAGACCGCCUUCCCACCGCCUCUUCAGCCCUCUUCCAAACACCCGCUAAGGCUGUUACAGCAAACCCCUUAGCUGUGGCAGCUGCAGCUGCUGCUAUGGAGCGGAGGGAUAUGGCUGGUGGGCGGUUGGGAGACAGGUCUCCUGUUGCUUUUGGUGCUUUUGUCGCUCAAACCAAGUCCCCAACCCCUUUCAGCGCCCAAGCCAAGUCACCUGUGGGUUCGGCUGCUGGGGGGAAAUCCCCUUGGAGGCGCCGGGUGGCUGAGAAGGUUCCUGGAAGCUCCCCUUGGAGGAGGAAUCAGCAGGGUUUGGGUGGGGGGUUGUUGCGAACGUUGGCAGCUCUGGAGGGUGGGGGAGGCGGGAAGGGAGGGAGCAUGGAGGGAAGGCAGGAGGAGAAGCAGGAGGAGAAGCAGGAGGAGAAGCAGGAGGAGGAGGGGAAGAUGGGGGUGAGUGAGGGGAAGAACAGAAUGCAGCAAGAGGAAGAGCAGACGGAGGUGCAGGCGAAGGGGCAGGAAGAGAAGACACCGAAGAAAGACCGGAAGCAGGAGGAGCAAGAGCAGGCGCAGGAGCAAGAGCAUGGUAGUGGCGAUUUAGAAAUGGUGAGAUGCGCAUCUCUCUCCCCGUCGCCCUCCCAAAACAUCAUCCCAGCCAAUGCCCUCCAGAAAGCAAGCUCGGAAAAGCACAUGCGCCGGGCCAGGCGGCCGGCAGAGGGGCCGGAUAACAGGGAGGAAAACGCCGUGUUUGAGAGUGAGGGUGAAUCAGCUGCAGGAUCAUCACCAGCAGCAGGAGGGGGAGCAGCAGCAGCAGCAGCAGCAGUGGGAGCAGGGGUGAGGAGGGGCGGUAUGGGUGAUGGGAGAAGGAGCAGUGGGAGUCCCGUGGCUGGUGAGGGGAGUGCAGGGAAGGGUGUAGGGCGAGGUGGAAGUGGGAGUGUGGAGAGGAGGGGGGACCUGAUAGGGAGGGGGAGGCGGAGGAUGAUUCGCCUACCAAGCGAGUGAGACUGUCCAUGCUGAGAUGAUACUGUAGAGCUGAGAUGAAACAGUGGAGCAGGUGACGAAACUGUGUCGAUUGUGGGAGAGGUGACUUUUGAGGCGCCUCAAGAGUGAUUGGCAGUCGCCACUGAUUUCGGGAGGGGAAAUGAGUGAUGCUUGUAAAAUUUGGGUUGGGAUAUUCCAACCCUGAGAGUGUAGGCACAGGGUAGACCAGGAAUUGAAGAAGGGUGGCGGACUUAGGGAGUCGCAUUCUUUCCCAGUCUAGGUAGUAUUUAUGACAGUACAAGCCUACAAGGCCUACAGUAUCUGUCUCGAUGAAAUCAGAUCCUUUCUGAUUUUAUGAGAGUACAUUGAUAUAUGCUGAUUAAUUUGUGUGGAAAAGGUGUACACAC